ACAGCCACAGCCUUUGUUUAGGAGCAGCUGAGAGCGCCACCAUGCCUUCUGGUCAGCCCUCCCCGCCUGGUCAUCCGUCCAAGCCCGGGAAGAAGACCGGCCCAGCUCGGUCCUCAAAGUCAGAGUGCCCCGACUCGAAGGGCCGCCCGGUACAGGCCGAGAAGAUGGCAGCAGGCCUCAAAUAUAGCGGGAAGUCCCAUCAUUCGUUGAGUGAAGUGGAGAAGGACUCGGGGUUCUCUGAUGUGAGCUCGGAGUACCUGAGCACCGUGGAGCAGACAGACACGGAGGACCAGUCCGCCUCCUCCCUGCGCCGCCCGCCCAAGCUGCAGAGGGCUCCACAGAAGGCGUCCGGGGGGCUUCCUGGUGGCACCUUCGCCAGCCUUGCUCCUGUGUACUUUGUCAGAAAUGUUGCCCUCAAACAGCCCCCAGGCGGCCCAUCUGCCCCGACCCAGUUCCUGGCGUGGGGCAGCCAACACUCCCUCAACGGCCUGCAGGGCCCCCCAGCCCGCGUGCUCCUCAUCCAGCAGCCGCUGGCCACCUUGAAGCCUCUCCUUCCCAACCGGAAGUCUGCGGCGACCAAGGCGACCUACCCGGCCAGCCUCAGCACUUACCCCAAAAUCGCUCCUCACCCCGGCCUUGACCGGCAGCCGAAGGCGGCAGGGCUGGAGGCCGCCCUGACAGGCGACAACGUCAGCAGGAACAAGCGCUUCUGCUUGGAAGAGGCCUGGGUCUCGUCCUCCAAGCCUGCUGCGGCAAAACGUGGCGGGGAGAAGCAGGGAGGGGAGCCGCCCCCGCCCCCCGCUUCCUCGGACCCUCCCGCCGUCUCCCAGAACGCCGUCACCUCGUCCACCGGCUGCGGGAUGGCCGGCUUGGAGCAGGCGGAGGUGCGGAUGAUCUCUAGGGCCUCCAAGAAACUGGGCUUCAGCAGCCUGGCGAAGCAGCGCCGCUUCCACAACACGGUGGAGAUCCUGCGGAGGUCGGGGCUUCUGGGCAUCACGCUGCGGACCAAGGAGCUGAUCCGGCAGAGCAGCAACACGCAGCGGGACUUGGCCGAGCUGCGGGAGCAAGCCCAGCUCCUCUGCGAGGCCGUCCAGAGCAACGACACCCUCGCCUGGACCCGCCUCCAGGAGGCCGUGGACCGCUCCGCCGAUUACUGGGCCAGCAAGGGGGCCGCUUCUCACCCGCUGCGGGGGCAGAGCCUGCCGGCCGAGGCCACCGAUUCCUCUGCAGCUGAGGCCCAAGAGUCUCCCCCCAGCUCGCCUGUGAAUUUGUCCCUGGCCCCGGCUGCCUCCUCAGUGGGACCAGAGCUGCCUUAGCCCCUCCGCGUUUUCUUCCCGAGCAAAGGGUGUUCUUUGAAAGCAGAAGGGAUGAGCCUCUCCUGACCCUCAGCCUCCAGAAGGAGCUUUGAGACGAAGGCCGGGCUGGCCCUCUUGGCCACUUGGGGGACUUGGAUGGCCUCUGAGAGAGGGGAGGGGAGGGAGGCCUUUAAACCUGGAGCAUCAGGCUGGGCGCUGCCGGCCUGGCUGGGAACUAGAUUGGUGGAGGGGAGGGGAGGGGAGCUUGGUGGGUUGGGUUGCUGAGGCGGAAGCGAAGGCAGGUUGGGAAAGAGGAGUGGUUUUGGCAUUGAUCGCAUCACAGCUUUCUCUCUCUGGAGCUCAGGACUGUGUCUGUCUUCUGGGAGCAAGACUCCGCCAGAGCUUUCCAGCAUCCUUCAGACUGGACCGGGGCUUUCGGCUUUGGGUCUCUCCUGGCGUGGCUGUUCAGGGGCCUCCUGGCAGUAAGGAAGCCAGUCCCCUCCUCCUUCCACCCAAACUGCCACCUGCUUGCAGGCUGUGCUGGGAGAAGAGAACUGCGCCCUCCCUUGGGGGACUGAAGGGUGAAUCUGUACCACUCUCUGCCUGGUGAAGAGCUCUGCCUAUCUGGAAAAGCUUGCGUUAUGCUGCUGCCGACCAAAGAUGGUCCAAUAAAAUGGUAUCUUCUGGCUGCUGA